AUGUCUGGCCGAUUUGUGCGGGCUUCCAAGUACCGCCACGUCUUUGGCAAGUCUACAAGGAAGGAGUCCUGCUACGACAACAUCCGCAUCAGUCGCAAUGCCUGGGAUACCAACCUGGUCAAGGCCAACCCCGAGUACCUCUCCGUCAAUUGGGAGGCCAGCGGCGGAGGCGCCUUCGCCGUCAUCCCCCUGAACGAGAAGGGCAAGCUCCCCGACGUCAUCCCCCUGUUCCGCGGGCACACGGCGACUGUCCUCGAUACCGACUGGAACCCCUUCAACGACCGCAUCGUGGCCUCCGCCUCCGACGAUGGCAAGGUCAUGAUCUGGGAGGUCCCCAAGGGCUUCACCCUCUACACCGACGCCGAGGAGCCCGCCGAUGUCUCCCCCGUUGCCAAGUUCACCGGCCACUCGAGAAAGGUCGGCCAGGUCCUCUUCAACCCCGCCGCCGAGAACAUCCUCGCCUCCGCCUCGGGCGAUCUCACAAUCAAGCUCUGGGAUGUCGCCACCGGCCAGGCUGCCCUGUCCAUGAAGCACCCCGACAUCGUCCAGUCGCUGUCGUGGAAUGCGAGCGGCAACAUGAUGGUCACAACCUCCAGGGACAAGAAGCUGCGCGUGUGGGAUGUCAGGCAGGAGCGCCCCGCCUCGGAACACCAGGGACACGACGGUGCCAAGAACAGCCGUGCCGUAUGGAUGGGUGAACAGAACAGGAUCGCCACGACAGGUUUCUCCCGCAUGAGUGAUCGCCAGCUGGCUCUGUGGGAGCCCGGCACCACCACGCCCAUUGGCGGCUUCACCACGCUCGACAGCAUCUCUGGCGUCUGCAUGCCCUUCUGGGAUGAUGGCUGCAACUGCUUGUACCUGGCCGGAAAGGGUGAUGGAAACAUCCGCUACUUCGAGUACCAAAACGACAAGUUCGAGUUCUUAUCCGAGUACAAGUCCGGCGAGCCCCAGAGAGGUCUGGCGUUCAUGCCCAAGCGUGGUGUCAACGUACACGAGAACGAGAUCAUGAGAGCAUUCAAGACCGUCAACGACCAAUACAUUGAGCCCAUCUCUUUCACCGUCCCUCGCCGCGCCGAAACCUUCCAGUCGGAUAUCUUCCCUCCGGCCGUAGGAUCCAAGCCGGGACUGAGCGCGCAAGAAUGGCUGUCUGGCAAGACCGCCCUCCCCUCCAAGAUUGACUUUGAGAGCAUCUACGAGGGCAACGCCCCGGUCGAAGUCCCGUCCGACUACAAGCCUCCUGCCGCUGCUCCGGCCCCGGCGCCCGUCUCGAAACCCACGCCCAAGAAGGAGCCCGAGCCCGCGCCAGCUGCCGUCAGAUCGCCACCCCCCACGAUGAAGGACCAAAAGCAGUCCAUGGCCGCCCUGGCCUCCAAGUACGAGGACCAUGAGGAAGAGGAGGACGACGACGAUGACGAGUCGAGCUUCGAGGAGAUCUCCAAGCCCGUCCAGCGCAGCGCCAUGCCCGCCAAGGUCGAGACCCGGGCGCCUCCCCCGACCAAGACCACCUCCGCUCCUCCACCCAAGGCCGCAUCUCCCAUCAAAUCACCCACGUACGCCCCCUCGCCCGUCGCCGCCGCGGCUGCCACGCAGUCCGCGCCCGCGACCAGCGCUUCCUCGGGCGGAGUAGAAUCGACCCUCGACCAGAUCAAGCAGCUGCUCGAGACGCAGACCAAGAUGAUCAGCUCGCAGGGCCAGCAGAUCGCCAACCUGACGGGCGAGGUGGAGAACCUGAAGAAGCGCGUCGGCUCGGGCUCGCAGGACCAGAGCGAGCGCAUCCGGCAGCUCGAGCUCGAGCUCGAGGCCCUGCGGUCCUAG